GCGGUGAAAUUGUAGAUGCAGAAAAUUUGAGACUACAAACAAAAAAUUAUGAAUUGCUCCAAAGAAUCAUCAUGUUAAAUGGUGAUAAAGAUGAAUUAAUUUGUGAAAAUAUAUAUUUAAAAAAUAGAAAUGAUGAGCUUACAAAUGAAAAGAAUCAACUCGAAGCAAAUAAUAUACAGAUUCAUGAAGCAAAUAAAAAUUUGACACAAUUAAAUACUGCAUUAAGAAUAGUUUUGAGAGAUGCUGAAGAUGAAUGA